CAAUCCUUCCCGACUGAGCGUAUCCAGAUUUCUCCGUAAUGAAGGCGGUCGUUACUCUUGUCGUGGUGGCGGUUUUGGUGACGACUAUGAUGGAGGAAGCCGUAGGUCAUAAUCGCAAUGGUCGUGGAGGAGGAGGCCGCGGGGGACGUGGGCGGGGUCGACGUGGCUCCUGCAUUGGUACACUGUGUGAGGCAGCCGAAGACGCUAAUGCCUGCCGCGAUUGUGUCAGGAAUGUAGAUGGCUCUAAACAGCAGUUUCGUACCUGUGGCCGUCAACUCUCAGUACGUUGCCACAAUAUGACUGCAACCGAAACGGACAGCUUCACAACUUGCCUCACCGAUGCCAUUCCCGAAUUGAGUGACUGCUUUUAACGAAGAAUCGACAAUGAAACGGAACAGGAAAACGGAUCGAUGUCUUUCUGAAAUAAUUCUUCAAUUGGCUUUGACUGUCUGGCACACAUAAAAAAAUAUCCUUUUAAUCACCAAUAAAUAGCAU